AUGCCCCCAAUUCCAAUCUACUCCAAGAGUCCCAUCAACGCAAGCAAGGCGUCUGGUGUGACCCCCCAGACAGCAGCCCCCGGAGACGACAGCAAGCAACAGCAGUCUCAAGGGCCUGCGGCCUCGGCGACUACAAACUAUAUCCCGACCAAGACGUCUGCCUACGCGGCAACGCAGCCGGGAGCGACGCCUACCAUCCCGACCGCUACGGCAUCUAUCGGGUCCAGCCCCUACGCACCGGCACAUACUGCAGGAUUGGGCAGCUCGGCAUCGCCUCCGCACCCUCAACCCGGCGCCGUCCCGGCCCCACCCGGAGGGGUCGCCGCGAGCGCCACCGGCACGGGACUGCCUCCACCCCCCAAGGCCGGAGAAACCUACCAGCCAGCACCUCCGGCGCCGGCGACGACAGCCGCGCCACAGUACCCUCCGCCACAAAUGUCCAUGGCGGCGCCAACCAACCCCUAUCCACAGCAACAGCGCGGAACUUCUACCACGACCGGGCCGCCACCGGCGUUUGGCGCGGCCGCGACGACGCAGCUGCCCCGCGCGUCGGUGGAUGACCUCUCGCACCCGGCGGGCUACCAUCAGAAUCCAAACGCAUCUUCGUAUGCUGGGCAAUCUCGAUCGCACGACUACGGCGAUGGCCUCGGCGGCACUAGCCACGACGACCAGGGGGAAGGGGUAUGGGAUUCGGCCAAGAAGUACAUGGCUGUGGCGGGCACCAAGCUGUCCGAGGCUGAGAGUGAGGUUUGGAAGCGUAUCAACAAGAGUUAG